AUGUUGGGCUUCGCGCAAGCGCCCUCUUUACGGCCGCCCUGCCACCGGCCGCGGCCGCUGCCUCGAGCGCCGCCACGUCGGAACACCGGCCUUGCCAAGCGCGCGUUUAGCCAUCGCUAUAACAUGCGUCUCACCAAGCGCCAUGCGCACCGGCAGAGCUUUGUGCAGCAGCUGACGGCCAGGGCAGAGAGCAGCGUGUUCACCUUUGCACCGAGGGACAUCGCGAUGAGCGUUAACGCUCUCGGCAAGCUUGCCGCCCUCCGUGGCGCCCUCUCCACUGCCUUCUCGCGCCGCACACUCAGCCAGAUCAGCAAUCUUGGGCCGAGAAACAUUGCUCAGACGCGCUCCCUCGGCAUGCUCAUGGACUACAGCCCACAAGACUUCGCCACGACCUUCAGAGCGCUUGUGCACCUGGGCGUCUGCAAGGAGGAGGUGGCCCACAGCUUUGCUGCUGUGGGGGCAAUCCGGAUUGUGGAAUUCCAGUAG